AUGGCUUCAAGCUUACUGCAGAGUUCAGCAAGACUGGUGAUUAGGAACUUUUCUAAACGUAGCACGACUACUACGCUUUCCACCCCCACGUGCAGCAGCGCGACUACUACGCCUUCCACCCCCAUGAACAGCAGCAAGAUUACUGCCCUUUCCGCCCCCCCUAAAAAGGGUCCGAUAUCCAGCCUGACCCCCUAUACUGGGCGGCUGGAUUUAAAACUCACAGGGGUAAUCGGUGGGAUACUGGGGGGUUUCUCCAUCUAUCAAGGCCUCCGUGAAUUUAGCUCUCACUCCCAAUCCAGGCUUAGCUUUUUUGCAGCUCAGCAGCAGUUUGGAAGUGGUGCUGACACUGCUGAUGAAGUUGAGCUCAUCAGGGAGACCUUUUUGGAUUUUGCUAAGGACCAGGACUUUGCCCCAGCAUUAGAUAAUGUGGUGGAAUUGACGUUCACUGAGGCAGUUAAGGGAGUGUAUAAGGACCUCGCCGUGGACCUCUUUGGCAGCUGUCCACGCUGUGGGGGCACAGGUCAUCCCCUGGGCACCGAAUUUUUAGAGUGCCCCCAUUGCGACGGCAGUGGCACGGAGGUCUCGGACCUAUGCCUGACAAUCGACCCAUGUAAAAAGUGCAGUGGGUCAGGCGUUGCCACAAGCUCACUGUGCUUGCUGUGCAAUGGUACAGGCCAGACCAGACAACGGGGCACCGUUAGUGUAGCCGUCCCAGCCGGGGUGAAGGAUGGUCAGUCUGCGUCAAUUCCAGUAGGCAAGAAGAUGAUUAAAGUCACGUUUAGAGUGGAGGAGAGUCCUGUGUUCCGGCGGGACGGAGACGAUGUCCACUCUGACAUGGUUAUCUCAGUGGCUGAUGCCAUGCUUGGAGGAACAGCUCAAGGCCAGGGUCUUUACGGAACCAUUGAUAUACCAAUUCCUCCUGGAACUCAGGCAGAUCAGAAGAUCCGGUUGGCUGGUAAAGGCUUUGCCCACAUAAACAGCUCUAGCUUUGGAGAUCACUACGUGCACAUCAAAAUCAAAGUGCCCGGAGAGAUUUGAGAGCUUUGCUGAAUAGGACAGGCUCUGAAGCAUGGAGCUCUUAUGAAGAUAGAAAGAGGAAUAGCAGCCCGGCACUUUAUUAAAAAAAAAAAAAAAAAAAAAAAAUA